AUGGGGGGAGUUAGCGAGGGGGACGACGUGCUAGCCAGAUGGAGCGACGGGCUCCUCUACCUGGGCAACGUCAAACGGGUGGACGGUGUCAAGCGCUGCUGCCUGGUCAGAUUCGAGGACAACUCCGAGUUUUGGGUCCUGAGAAAAGACAUCCACUCCUUCACAGCCGGUGUGGAGGAAGUGUGUUGCAUCUGUGAGGCCCCGCCUCUUAAAGAGCCCCUCGUAAAUUGUCUGAAAUGUCGCCACGGUUAUCACGCCGAGUGCCACACGCCCUGCAUCGAGGUCCAUGAUGACGACGAAUCGUGGAUCUGUCGCCAGUGCGUCUUCGCCGUCGCCACAAAGAGAGGCGGCGCCAUUAAACGAGGCCGCUUCGCCCGCCUGAUGCACUUGAUGAAGCUGCGGCUGCCCUAUCAGCUGACGUCUUUGGACUGGGACGCGCAGCAUCUGUCCAAUCAGCAGCAGUGCUACUGCUACUGCGCUGGACCCGGAGAGUGGAACCUGAAGAUGCUUCAGUGUGGAAACUGCGGCCAGUGGUUCCACGAGGCCUGCACUCAGUGCCUGACCAAGCCUCUUCUCUACGGCGACAGGUUUUAUCAGUUCCAGUGCUCGGUGUGCAACAAAGGAGCGGAGACUGUCAAACGACUCCCCAUGAACUGGGUGGACUUGGCCCACUUGGUGCUGUACCACCUGUCUCUGUGCUGCAAGAGGAAGUAUUUUGAUUUCGACCACGAAAUCUUGUCCUUCACCAACGAAAACUGGGACUCCUUGCUCCUGGGCGCGCUGUCGGACACGCCGAGACAAGAGCGAUGCCAAAAGCUGCUGGACGCCCUCAACUCCCACAAGGACCGAUUCGUGUCCGGGAAAGAGAUCAAGAAGAAGAAGUGUCUUUUCGGGCUUCAGGUUCGAGCCCCGCCGCCGCCCACGUCCGAUUCUUCUCCUCUGGUCACCGAAACGCUACUCGACAUCUCCCACCGACGAAGCCCGUUGUCGCUCCCCUGCCAGAGGAGGUCGUCCGGGACCGAGUCACGCAAAUUAAAGCACCGCCUCAUGGAGACGCAGGUUUGUCCGCCCCCCGUUUCGUCCCAGCCCGUCCAGAUAAUGCCGUGCUGCCGCGGCUACGCCGGAGGAGACGGCCUAUUCGCCCCCGGGAACCCCGAAGAGGAGCUCCACCUCAGUCCACCCCCGAAGCGGAUGUACGCGCUAUACCACACGGCUUACGGCAGAAACACGGCGCUCUCCAGAGGACUCCAUCACGCCAACAGCACGGACGACGGCUGGAGAGUCCCGUACGUCACAGAUGCCGGUGAACACCCGGUGGGACAAAAGCAAGCUGAAUCCUCCCCGCCGGACGCAGUAACGUUGACAGACGCGGCCAGUGGCGCCGCGGGGGAGGACAACGCACUUCCCAGGAGCUGGGGCGGCGGCGAGGCGGUGAGGAUCCUGGCCCGACGGGUCACGCCGGACGGGAAGGUGCAGUACCUGGUGGAGUGGGACAACGUGGGCUUGUACUGA